CUCAGAGGCAGUACGCAUGCGCAUAGCAACCCUUUUAUUGCUUACAUCUAUUGUGAGUCCACAAGAGGCAUCGAGCUGAAGGAGUUGUUAGAAAAUAACAAUCGCUGCCUUCAACAUGACAUCACGUGUAAGUCACAGAGCUGCUGCUGCAGCUGCAGCUGCUGCAGCUGCUGCUGCUACUGCUACCAAUGGAAAAGAGUCCAAACCUCGAGAGAGAGUCACCCUACAUUACCAAAUGAGUGCUUCUCUGAAAUCAGAGGUACGAAAGUUAAACCUGAUCCAUCUUGUGAUUUGGCUGCUGGUUGCUGCUCAGGUGACAGUCAGCCACCUCAACCUGGUGCCACACGAUGUGGUGUCCAAGCCCUAUCAGUGGGAGUACCCAUACCUGCUCAGCCUUCUCCCUCUGCUCUUUAGCAGUCUGUCACUUCCAAAAAACAACAUCAGCUACUUGGUAAUAUCCAUGAUCAGUGCCGGGCUGUUCAAUAUGGCUCCUCUUAUUUAUGGCGGGAUGGAGAUGUUUCCUGUAGCCCAGCAGUUGUACCGUCAUGGAAAGGCCUACCGCUUUAUUUUUGGCUUCUCUGCAGUGACAGUAAUGUACCUGAUCAUGGUGGUGGCUGUUCAAGUGCAUGCUUGGCAGUUAUACUACAUGAAAAAACUGUUAGACUCAUGGUUCAAUUCCACAGAAGAGAAGAAGAAGAAAUAGUGGAGGGAAGAAUUGUGUGAAUGUGCAAAGUUAUUGUAUUUAUUUAAAAUGUGGUUAACUACACACGUUUUCCAAAUAUUUAAUAAACAAUUGAAAAUAAAAUUUACAAUUACCCUUUU